UGGACAGGCGGAGGCGCUCACACUUCUCCUCAGCCCUCGGCCUUUCUGUGGAAUCCCAGUCAGGAAGCGGCCGAAUGCGGGAGGCGGCAUAGUCUUCUUCGGGGUGGCGCUGGAUAUCCCCUCAUUUCAGCUUUUCAUGGUGCUCCUUUGCCUCAUUUUUUAAAACCAUAAUGCCUAGCCUGGUCUCAGCUCCAAGGCAAGAACAGAAUUACAGCAUCUGCAAACAUCCGAAAACCUUUCAAUCAAAGUAUGUAUAGAUGAGUGUGCAGACCACAGUAAGGACAUCAAGUUGUUAUAUUUAAAAUUAAGUCAAGGUUAAAGGCGAUGUCCUCUUUUAAGAACAUUGCAAAUAAAAUUGCAGUACUCCAAGUACAUAUUCUGUACCCAGCCACCUGGGAGGACUGAGAAACCUAACGGUUUUCUGCUCUCUGGAACUUCUAUGCCAGUUGUGACUUUCUCACCCCUCAAAUUAACAUGCAGCGAAUAAUUACAUAUUGUAAACACCUGGAAGUGGAAGGGGCCGUGAGGAUAAAUUGAGAGGAAGAGUAAACCUAAUACCAUAAGUUGCAUACCAACAGAUAUGAGUAUCAUCAUGAAUAAUUGGUUAGCUUUUCCACAUGCCUCAGAAGUUUCAGCAGGCACCUUGCAAACAUCUUAAUCCAAAUUUCUUUAAAAAUGAGAGAUUUUAUUUAAGAUCAUUCCUCAAUUUAUCUUAGACUUUCAGCUACAUAGCUAGUCCGGUAGUGUAACAAUAACAGGUUUUAAGAAAUGCCAGGGGAAAAGAGAGGAAAGCUAAAUAACCAAAUCUGUAUCUAAUGAACUAAUUGGCUAAAUAAGGUGUUAUCAGCUGCUCGAUAUACAGCUGAUAAAAAUCAUCUUCAGCUAGGCAUACUUGAGGCCUGAUUACAGAAGCAACCCUAGUCCACCCACACACCUGAAAUUUAUUUAAGAGACCAAGCUAGGCUCUUCCUGGCUUUUAGGAAGAGGACUGGCAUGGAGAAAUAUGUUCCUCACUAGUUCUCCCAGGCCAUGGCGCUUCCCAACAAAUUUCUCCUGUGGUUUUACUGCUUUGCCUGGCUGUGUUUUCCUGUUAGCCUUGGUUCUCAGGCUUCUGGGGGAGAUGCUCAGAUUGCUGCUAGUGCUGAGUUGGAAUCUGGGGCUACACCUUGGUCCUUGCUGCAGCCUAUAGAUGAGAGAGACAGAGCUGGCCUCCUUCCCCCGCUUUUCAAAGUUCUAUCUGUUGGGCGAGGUGGGGCACCUAGGCUGCAACCAGACUCCAGAGCUUUGCACUACAUGAAGAAUCUCUAUAAGACAUACGCUACCAAGGAAGGGAUUCCUAAAUCCAAUAGAAGUCACCUCUACAAUACUGUUCGGCUCUUCACCCCCUGUACCCAGCACAAGCAGGUUCCUGGAGACCAGGUAACAGGAAUCCUUCCAUCAGUGGACCUGUUAUUUAACCUGGAUCGCAUUACUACCGUUGAACACUUACUCAAGUCAGUCUUGUUGUACACUAUCAACAACUCAGUUUCUUUUUCCUCUGCCGUCAAAUGUGUGUGCAACCUAAUGAUAAAGGAGCCAAAGUUUUCUAGCAAGACUCUCCACAGAGCUCCGUACUCAUUUACCUUUAACUCACAGUUUGAAUUUGGAAAGAAACACAAAUGGAUUGAGAUUGAUGUGACCAGCCUCCUUCAACCUUUAGUGGCCUCCAACAAGAGAAGUAUUCAUAUGUCUAUAAAUUUUACAUGCAUGAAAGACCAGCUGGAGCAUCCUUCAGCACAGAAUGGUUUGUUUAACAUGACUCUUCUGGUUCCCCCAUCACUGAUCUUAUAUUUGAAUGACACAAGUGCUCAGGCUUAUCACAGGUGGUAUUCCCUUUACUAUAAAAGGAGGCCUUCCCAGGGUCCUGACCAGGAGAGAAGUCUGUCUGCCUAUCCUGUGGGAGAAGAUGCUGCUGAGGAUGGGAGAUCUUCCCAUCACCGUCACCGCAGAGGUCAGGAAACUGUCAGUUCUGAAUUGAAGAAGCCCUUGGUCCCAGCUUCCUUCAAUCUGAGUGAAUACUUCAAACAGUUUCUUUUUCCCCAAAAUGAGUGUGAGCUCCAUGACUUUAGACUUAGCUUUAGUCAGCUGAAGUGGGACAACUGGAUUGUGGCUCCGCACAGGUACAACCCUCGAUACUGUAAAGGGGACUGUCCAAGAGCAGUUGGACAUCGGUAUGGCUCUCCAGUUCACACCAUGGUACAGAACAUCAUCUACGAGAAGCUGGACUCCUCAGUGCCAAGACCGUCAUGUGUACCUGCCAAAUACAGCCCCUUGAGUGUUUUGACCAUUGAGCCCGAUGGCUCAAUUGCCUAUAAAGAGUAUGAAGAUAUGAUAGCUACAAAGUGCACCUGUCGUUAACAAAUGGUCCUCUUAAAACCUUGAGCCUAUUUGGCACAGUAACUACUGUGUGCCUAUGUGUGCCUUCAAGAGAAAGCUUCGUAUAUUAAGUGUCUAAAUGCAGCAUAUGUUGUGUAAAGAGGAACCUGUGUAGAUUAGUACCUUCUAUGGCAUCUAUCAGGAUAAAGGGAUAACAUCAAUUGUUGCUACAGAGCCUUUUUUUAAUUUCCAAAUUUAAAUGAAAUAUAAUUAUUGUGGAGAACUUUACAUUUUUUUCCUUGAGCGAUUUCUUUCUUUUCAUAGGAGUCUUAUUCUUGAUAGAGAAACAUCCUUAAUUAGCAUACAUCCUGGAUGGACUUGCAGCUAUAAAUUGGCAAUUCAGAUUGCUGUAGUCUUAAUGGAAGAAUAAAUUUCUGUCAAUGGCAUAAA